GGAUCUUUUACUUCAUCGCUGCUCCGAAGAAAAAAAACUCACCACCAGCCAUUGCCACUAAACCACAAACUCUCUGGUCUGUGAAAUGGAGGUUCCAAAGGAUCAGAUCGCGACUCUAAUGGAGCAUGGGCUCUACGAUUCUGCUGAAAUGCUCGGUAGCUUUCUUGUUUCAUCUUCUACUGUUAGUGCCGAAACUAGUCCUCAGCUAAAGGCGGAGAAUUUGAUUCUACUGGGGGAUGCUUUAUUCCACCAAAGAGAAUACAGGAGAGCUAUUCAUACGUACAAGCAAGCGUUGCAUCAUUUUACAAGGAUUCCAAAGCAAAGCUCCAGUAUCUCGAGGAGUUCAUUAUCUUUAUCUACCAGAUCAUCUGUGAACGCCUCUGGCAUUUCCACUAUUAAUGAGAACGAGGUGAGAUUCAAGAUUGCUUCAUCCCAUUUUGCUCUUAAUGAAACGAAAGCUGCGAUUGCUGAGAUGGAAUCGGUCAAGACCAGAAGCUUGGAGAUGAAUAUACUGAUGGCAAAGCUUCAUCGAAAUUCUGGAUACAACCGUGGUGCUAUUGCUUUUUAUAAAGAGUGUUUAAGGCAGUGUCCUUAUGUACUUGAAGCUGUUACAGGUUUAGCUGAACUGGGCGUCACUGCAAAGGAUAUCAUAUCAUCUUUUACACAGACUUCAAAUAGAAGUGCAAAAGUUUCGCUCGAUCAGAUAGACCCUACCCGUUGGUUGCAACGUUAUGUUGAGGCCCAGUGUUGUGUUGCUUCACAUGCUUACAAAGGGGCGCUGGAACUCUUUGCUGAACUUUUACAACGAUUUCCAAAUAAUGUACACUUGUUGACUGAGACAGCAAAGGUUGAAGCCAUUAUUGGGAAAAAUGAUGAGGCCAUAAUGAGAUUUGAGAAGGUUCGGUCAAAUGAUCCUUACACACUAACCAGUAUGGAUGAGUAUGCGAUGCUGCUACAGAUAAAGUGUGAUUAUUCCAGACUAAACAAGCUCGUCCACGAUUUAUUAAGCAUUGAUCAUACCAGAGCAGAAGUAUUUGUUGCUUUGUCUGUACUAUGGGAAAGGAAAGAUGCAAGGACGGCAUUAUCUUAUGCUGAGAAGAGUAUCAGGGUGGACGAGAGGCACAUACCCGGCUAUAUAAUGAAGGGAAAUCUUCUUUUACAAGCAAAACGACCAGAAGCUGCAGCGAUCGCCUUCAGGGCGGCCCAGAAUUUGAGGUCCGAUCUUCGUUCAUAUCAAGGCUUAGUCCAUUCUUAUCUGGCAUUUGGUAAAACCAAAGAAGCGUUGUAUACUGCCAGAGAAGCAAUGAAUGCAAUGCCUCAGUCCGCAAAGGCUCUGAAAUUAGUUGGUGAUGUUCAUGCUAGUACAUCAAGUGGCAGGGAAAAGGCAAAAAAGUUCUACGAGUCAGGUCUGAGGCUUGAACCUGGGUACCUUGGAGCGGCCUUAGCUCUGGCUGAGCUUCAUCUAAUGGAAGGGAGGAAUGGAGAUGCUGUGUCACUACUAGAACGAUAUCUCAAAGAUUGGGCUGAUGACUCUCUCCAUGUCAAGCUAGCUCAAGUGUUUGCUGCAACAAAUAUGCUACAAGAUUCUUUAUCACACUAUCAAGCUGCAUUAAGAAUAAAUCCACAUAAUGAGGCAGCCAAAAAGGGACUAGAUCGCUUGGAGAAACAGAUGAAGGGAAUAGACCCAGAUGCAACUGAUGAGAAUGACGAGAACGAUGUGGAAGAUGUUGAUGGAGAUACUGAGGAGGCCGAGCUCAUGUGAAGAGAUAGAUUGUUUAGUAGGCAAAGAAGAAUGUGUAAACUGUAAAAUUAUCGAAUUCUUUAAUAGUAUAAAUGUCAUUCCCUUUGUUUCCUAAAAA